AUGUCUAAGUUGCCAGCUUGCCUAAAUGCCACUGAGGAGGAUAUUAGGUACCUACUUGCUGCCCAGGCACAUAUUGGUGCCAAGAAUCUAAAUGUGAAAAUGAUUCCGUACGUGUGGAAGCGUCGCCCUGAUGGCAUCCACAUAAUUAACAUCGGAAAGACAUGGGAAAAGCUCGUCCUCGCAGCACGCGUAAUUGCUGCAAUCGAAAACCCAUCCGACGUAGUAGUCAUUUCUGCUCGUCCAUAUGGUCAAAGAGCAGCGCUCAAAUUCGCUUCAUACACAGGAGCUCAGGCAAUUGCUGGAAGAUUCACUCCAGGCACAUUCACCAAUUACAUAACGCGUUCGUUCAAAGAACCUCGUUUGAUCAUAGUUACUGAUCCACGUACCGACCAUCAAGCUAUCAAAGAGGCUUCUUACGUCAACAUCCCAGUUAUUGCUCUAGCCGAUACUGACUCUCCGAUGAGAUUUGUCGAUAUCGCCAUUCCUGCCAAUAACAAAGCCAAGCAUUCUAUUGGAUUGUUGUACUGGAUGUUGGCUAGAGAAGUUAAACGUUUGAAAAACCAAAUUCCUCGCGACAAACCAUGGGAUGUAAUGGUUGAUAUGUUCUUCUACCGUGAUCCUGAGGAAACGGAAAAAGAUACCGAAGCUUUGGCACCUACCGAGAAGACACCUUCUACGUUUCCUAUGCAAGAAAGCACUUGGGAUACUGAGAACGUUACAAAUGAUUGGGAAGCAACCGGUACUGCUGCCAUUGGAGGUGUCAAUCCAUCGAUAGUUGCUACGAUCGCUACCAAUAAUCCAACAAGUAGUGGAUGGGAUAUGCCUGAUGCGGAUGAUUCUGGUGGCUGGGCAGACACUACCGGUACGUUCACUGCUGUCAGUGAAUCCUUUGCCGAGCCUCCUGUUCCUGUGGAGCCAACAACAGCUGUGUUUGAUGAAACGAACGCAUUCGACACUACUGGAGGCGAUUGGGCCGACGAUACGAAUAAUCCUUCUACCGGAUGGUAA